UACAAGUCUAUAGCCACCUUGCUUGAAGGCAAACCGUUAAAUAUGUCAAAUGCAAAAUACAAGGUCAACCUCUUAUUCUCUUGUGUAUACUUCUUCAUGGGUUUAGAGCACUGUUAUCCUUCCUCUUGUUUUUCUCAAGGAAAAGUACUUUUUAACAAUAAGCACAAGAACAACUAAGGUUUUUUUUUCCUCCUUGAUAUUGAUUCACAAAUAUGGCCGCUGUAUCUGAAAUUGGAAACAAGACAUUGGUAUGCCAAAAUCCCCACAGUUUUGGUCACUUUGAUGUCUGGCACCGAGGCAACCCAUUAGAAUCCCCCACUUGUCUUCUCUUUCUGCAGGUCUCUAUGAUGACCAUAGUCACACAGAUAAUGGACGCAUGUCUCAAGCCACUAGGUCAAUCCUCCCUUGUAUCCCAGAUUCUUGGUGGAGUGCUGUUUGGCCCCUCAAUGUUGGGGAACAAAAACAUUCUGGGGCAAACCUUAUUUCCUGUGAAGGGUGCUGUAGUGCUUGAAACAGUUGCAUCGUUUGGCCUUAUGUUCUUCUUCUUCAUAUGGUGUGUUAAAAUGGAUGUUGCCACAUUGAUGAAGACUGAAAAGCUGGCCAUCACUGUUGGUAUUUCUGUGUUCGCAUUUACAUUGGUAAUCCCUACUGGACUAGCAAUUCUGUUGAGGAAAUAUGCUACAAUGGACAGCAGCCUUGCACAGGCACUGCCCUUUAUGGCUCUCUCACAAACCUUAACUGUAUUCAUUAGCAUAGCAGUGCUCUUGAAAGAUCUCAAAGUCCUUAACACUGAUAUGGGACGUUUAACCAUGUCAGCAGCAAUGUUUGCUGAUAUAGCUGGCUUUACCUUGACAGUGAUCAUUUUUGCUGUACUGCAGAAUCAGAGUGGUAGCUUUCUGACACUAGCAGGCCUCCUUCUGUCCGUAGUUGCACUCUUUCUUGCUGUUAUAUUUGUGAUGAGGCCAGCAAUACUUUGGACGGUAAAGUACUCAGGUGGCGGUUCGGUUAAUGAAAGCUGCGUUGUUUGCAUCUUUCUCUUAGUUCUCUUAUCUGCAUUUAUCAGUGAGUUAAUUGGACAGCAUUUUAUUAUGGGACCAAUAAUUUUAGGCCUGGCUGUUCCAGAAGGGCCACCCAUAGGAACAGCUUUGUUGAGUAAAUUGGAGACAAUCUGUAUGGGAUUUCUUUAUCCAAUCUACCUCGCUGUUAAUGGAUUGCAAACUGAUAUCUUCAAAAUUGACUUGCAAUCUCUGUGGAUUGUGGGUCUCAUACUGAUGGUGGCUUUCGUUGUAAAGAUUGGUGCUGUCAUGUUGCCAGGAUACUUUUACAAUCUACCCAUGAAACAAUGUUGUGUCAUUGGCCUCCUUCUAAAUGGAAGGGGUAUAGCCGAGCUUACCAUGUACAAUAUGUGGAUUGGAAGCAAGUUAAUAUCGGAACAAGAGUUCGCUUUGAUGGUGGCCUCCAUUGUAGUAGUAAACGCUAUCCUAGCACCAAUCGUAAAAUACACAUAUGAUCCUUCAGAACAAUAUCAGACCGGAAGAAGAUGCACAAUUCAGCAUACUGGGCGAGAUAUGGAGCUCCGAGUCAUGGUGUGCAUUCACAACAAUGAAAACCUCCCAACAAUCCUGAACCUCUUAGAAGCAUCCUAUGCAAGCAGAGAGAGCAAGAUUGGGGUCACAGCAUUAGUCCUAGUGGAGCUUCAAGGAAGAGCCAGGCCUAUUCUUGUUGAUAACCAAAACCAACUCCAUGAUGAGCUGCGCUCAAUGUCUUGCAACGCAAGUCACAUUGAGAAUGCAUUGAGGCAAUAUGGACAACAGAACGAAGGAUAUGUAUCUGUUCAAUCUUUCACUUCAAUCUCCACCUUUGAAACCAUGUAUGAUGAUAUUUGUAGAAUUUCAUUAGAGAGUGGAUCCAACAUUUUGAUCUUGCCAUUCCACAAGAGGUGGGAAAUUGAUGGCACCGUUGAGAUUUCUCAUAGGACCAUCCAAACCAUGAACAUUAAUGUCCUCCAAAGGGCCCCAUGUUCAGUGGGAAUUCUAGUUGAUAGGAGCAUCUUGAAUCCUUCUCCUUCACUCUUGAUGGCUAGAGCAGCAUUCUAUGUCGUGGUGUUCUUCAUUGGCGGUCAAGAUGACAUGGAGACAUUAGCCUAUGCCACUAGAAUGGCUAGGCAUGAAUGUGUGUAUGUAACCGUGGUAAGGUUCCUUCUAUUUGGAGAGGAGAAUUCUAAAGAUAGAAAACGUGACAGCGAUCUUAUAGAUGAGUAUAGAUACUAUAAUGCCAGAAAUCGUAGGUUUGAGAUUCUGGAAGAAUUGGUGAAAGAUGGGAUAGAGAUGUCAACAUGUAUAAGAAGAUUGAUAGAUUAUUUUGAUCUAGUGAUGGUGGGAAGGGAGCAUCCAGAGAGUGUUAUUUUUCAGGGACAUGAUGAAUGGAGUGAGUGUCAAGAGCUAGGGAUCAUUGGAGACAUGCUAGCAUCACCAGAUUUUGUGACCAAGGCAUCGUUGUUGGUGGUGCAACAACAGAGAAUAAGAGGGAGGCUUGUUACACAUAAUGUGAAUGCCACUCCAGUGCCUAAUCAAAGAGAUCAGCUCCUACAUGAUGUUCCAAUUCAUGAAACCUUUAGUCCUUCAUGUACUAUUUCAGUGGACAAAUAUGACAAAAUGUAGAUAGAUUCCUGUGUUUAGUGAAUUUUCCUUGUCGAUAUAUAUAUUAUGCAAAUCACAG